AGAUAUGUUCGAUACAUGAAAAGACUGUACAAGAUGUCUUCGAGACAUGAGAGGAGUUUGGAAGGGAACAACCACCUGUACAACACAGUUCGACUUAUAACCCCGCGGGGUGAGUGCCUGGAGCAAAGCAAAGAGUUCUUCAUGCAACACCUCUCCUACAAUCUGGACCGUGUCAGAGUCAAGGAGCAGCUCCUGAAGUCUGUCCUGCUGUUCUCCUUCGACCAAGAGCAGGCCAUGUCCAUGACUACCCAAUGUUACCUAGAUGUGAAAGAGCAGGCUGCCCAGGAUCAGUGUCUUCUCUGCCCCAGCACCCAUCACUCAGUCAACUUCCUGUUCCACACGGACCGCAGGAGGAAGUGGGUUGAGGUGGACAUCACGGCAUUCCUCCGACCUCUCAUCCAGUCCCACAAGAAGGACAUCCAUUUGCUGAUCAACCUGACGUGUGUGGAGGGCAGAGGCAGGGAGGCUAAGGCUCGAGGAGAGGAGAGGAGCGGUAGGGGCCCCGUGGAGCUCCACCUAAGGUCUCCGUCCUUGCUCCUGUACCUCAAUGACACCAGCGAGCUGGCACACCAAAGAUGGCUGCCCACCAGGUCACAAGGUCAUCCGAGGUCAGCCAAUGAGAUGGACACCUUUGAGAGCCUGGCGGAGUUCAAACCAGAGCAAAGGAUCAGCCAGAGCAAGCGGAGAAGACUGAGGAGAGAAUCUCCAGAUCUGUUGACGAACAACGCACGAGGCAAAACGAGCCCGAAGACCAUCCUCCCGGACCUCCUCCCGAGUUCUGACUUCCCUACGAGCGACUGUGCCUUGUACGACUUCAGAGUGAGCUUCAGUGAGCUCAAACUGAGCCAUUGGAUCAUUUUCCCCCACAGGUACAACCCAAGGUACUGUAAAGGCACCUGUCCCAGGGCUGUGGGGUUCAUCUACGGCUCCCCCAGACACACCUUCUUCCAGAACAUGAUCUACCACAUACUGGACUCCUCCGUGCCACGGCCUUCCUGUGUUCCCUUGGAGUACAUCCCCCUGAGUGUUUUAACCCUUGAAGGUGACUCCAUUGCCUACAAGGAGUUCGAUGAAAUGAUCGCUACGAGGUGCACAUGUCGCUAA